CAAUCCCAAACUACACUACAAUAUGAAAACAAGCUUUUUUGCUAUUGUAUUGGCGAUGAUUUUGCUUUGUGUCAUGGUUCUAACCACACAUGCAACAACACUUACCACUCAACAUGUUGAGAUGGCAAACAACAUUCAAAAAUUUGAAUCUACAAAGAGAAAGAUGGAUGAUACAUGUACAUGUGUUGAUUGUAGGAGUCAUGAAUUUGUUAAUGGUGUAUUUGUGAAAGCUGUUUCUUGUUCAGAUAGUAAAUCCCCAGUAAUUGGUUCCAUCAAAAUGGAAAUAGAUGGUUUUCUUUUUGAUGAAACCUUUUCGUAUUACAUUAUUGAUAAUGUUGAUGACUUGUUCAUGUUCAAGGCAGGCAAACAGUUUGCCUAUGACAUUAUCAAAAGUAGACCAAUAGUCAAAACUGUUCUCAAGAUACAACAAUUUCAAGAUAUGAUAAUACACACACUGUUUAUGUUGUUGCAAAAGCUAACGACAUGGACUUUGCUGUUUUGUUACAUGAAAUAGAGGGUUAUUGCACAUCAAGGGCCGCCAAUGAUGUAGCCUAUGAUCUCUCUGAACCAAAUCCUAAAUAUUACUAUGGGACUAGUGUCAGAGUAGAUAUUACAUUUGUUAAUCUACAAUAUUCAACUGUAGAUUUCUACCUUCAAGGUACAAUUAGUGUUCAAAAUGCCAAAACACCACAACCAACAGCUGUUGUAAGGGAUGGAGUUGGUAGACUUAUUGUGAAUCUCAAUGAAGAAGAAUUUACUAAUGGUAAUGAACUUUUACUUGAAUUCACACCACGUAGUUUCUUCAAUGAUCAAAAGAUUAGAAACAUUCGAAUCAAAAUUCCUGUUGUUAAAAAGGCAUCUAAGGGAGAAUUACUUAUUCACAAUAAUCAAUUGAUUUAUUCUGGCAAAGAAUUCACAUUGUAUUUCAAAUUAUUUGAUAGUGAUAACAAACCAACACCAGUUAUUGAUAUUCCACUCCUUUCCAUUUCAUCUGCAAAUCCUAACGACAAGUUAUAUUGUCAAUUGACAAACUAUAUUAACGGUUAUGGUUUUGCAACAUGUGCUAAUAUUGAUACAAGUGGUCAACAUUCACUUGUUUUAAAGUAUAAUAAUGUGGUAUUGGACGAAUAUGAAAUUACUGUAGAAGAGAAUCCAUAUCAAUUUGUCAAUGAAGCCAUUGUCUUGCUAUUGGUCAUUUUGGUUAUUGUCUCAUUGUUGAUUCUCUGUGUUGGAAUAGUUUCUUUCGUAUUCUUCUAUAAGAAACUUAAUAAGCAAAAUGGAAUGAAUACAAGACCUGGUCGUGUGAAUAGAGAAGAAGAUGCUGAAGAAUUGGAUAAUUUGUAAACUCUAUUCUCAAAUGUGUUUUAAUAAAUUUAUUUUCUGU